UUGCCUGUUCUGUUGUCCACCCUGCCCAGGGAAAAUUGCUUCCAAACUGGCAUUUUUACCUCCUGACCCCACAUACACACUGAUGUGUGAUGAAAGUGGCAGUCGCUGGACUUUACAUCUCUCAGAGCGAGCAGACUGGCAGUAUUCUUCUAGAGAAAAAGAUGCCAUUGAGUGCUUCAUGACUAGAACAAGUAAAGGUCAGAUGAGCAGCUUUUACAUAGGACUGGGUUCACGGAUUAAUUGCAACAUAUUCUCAUAUGAUUAUUCUGGAUAUGGUGCAAGUUCUGGGAAACCAACAGAGAAGAAUCUGUACGCUGACAUUGAUGCUGCUUGGGUGGCUCUUAGGACAAGGUAUGGAAUCCGCCCUGAAAAUGUGAUUAUAUAUGGCCAAAGUAUAGGAACAGUACCAUCUGUGGAUCUUGCUGCUAGGUAUGAAAGUGCUGCUGUAAUUCUUCAUUCUCCACUGACCUCAGGCAUGCGAGUAGCUUUUCCUGAUACAAAGAAGACAUACUGCUUUGAUGCAUUCCCGAACAUUGACAAAAUCUCUAAAAUAACAUCUCCUGUGUUAAUAAUCCAUGGGACUGAAGAUGAAGUAAUUGACUUUUCACAUGGCCUAGCAUUAUUUGAGCGUUGCCAGAGACCUGUAGAACCACUGUGGGUAGAAGGAGCCGGCCAUAAUGAUGUGGAACUCUAUGGACAGUACCUUGAAAGAUUAAAACAGUUUGUGUCACAGGAACUAGUGAACUUGUAACUUUCUUUGAAUGUUUACAUGUGUUUUUUGUUUCACUGCAGAACUGCACGCCUUGAUAAAUAUAUAACAUGCAACCUGAAGGUUAUGUUUUCAAAUCAUGUUGGUUGCCUUCAUUAAAUGUACAGGUAAUGAUUUGUCAACAUAAUUAAUGAAGGUUUUAGUGCUAGUAUUAUAAACUGGAAUUACAUGAUCAUGCAGUCAAGCUAGGCAGUUCAUAUUACUGUGUGAGUUUUUUUUCUUAGAUGUACAAAAAAAUCACAAGGAGUACUGUAUGAUAUUUUAAUUCUAUAAAAUCAGAUGCUGUAAAAAUGUUGCCAAAUGCUUUAGCAUGUCAGAAGCAAGUUUAUAAAUGUUUUUUAAACAUCUCAAAAUGUACUGUGACUUAUUCUGUUGCACAGGUAUAAAUUAAAAAAGAUUUCUAAGCAGUUAUCCUGUAAAAAUGCAAUAGCCAUGAAAUUUGAGCAAAUACUCAUCUAUCUAAUGAGAAUAGACACAUCACUGGAAAUGACCCAUGCCCUGUUAUAGAGGGAGUAGAUCAAAAUAACUUUUUUUUGUAUAUUUCAUGUCCCUUGUGCUUAGUUUUGCUUUUGUUGGUUUUUUUGUUUUGCUUUUUAAACCUGAAAGGUAAGGGUCAAAUUUACCCACACAUCAUCUCAGCAAUCCUGGUCCUGCCAAAAUAACGUUACAAGUUACCAUUGUCAUAACAUAAAUAUCAUUCACGUGAUUGUUACUGAGGCCACUAAGUACUUUUUUUUUGAAAUGAGUAAGACUUUUAGAGCUUAGAAAAACUUUAUGGACAACGGUUUUAAACACUGAUCAUGUAGAGAUGCAGUAUUUCAAUAGAAAGAACGUGGAAGUUUAUCCGACUUUGUAAUAAACAAUUUGCAAGCUUGCAGUUGUUGGUUCAGGCUCACUUUUGGGUGUUUAGCGUAAAAGCUUAUUGUUUUUUGAGCAUUGUAUGGGAAUUUUACUAAUUACUUCUGGACAGUGGGGGGAAGGGCAAGAAGAAAAUAUUGACACUUUUCUAUUAACUCAAAGUUUUUUUUACUAGAAGUUGCCUUUCCCUUGAAUGCAUUUUGCUUGAAUAAAACUACAAAAAAAAUAUAUGUAGUUGAAUAUGUAAACAAAGUAAUAUUCCAACAAUACACAAUGCUUCUAAUUUCAAGGCCUUAUGUAAUUUAAUUCUUCUGCUUGUUUUUGUGAUUGUUUGAGACUUGUAUAAUCAAAUGUGUUACCAAGUAUUGUGAAGACUUUGGUUCAGAUGUGUUGAUUAACAGUAAACAAUAUUCCAUA